AUGUCGGGUUCGACGGACCUGGACAUGCAGGGUCAGAUCGAGUCCGAGGACGCUGAGCAGCAGGAUCGCUCCAGAAAGACAGUCCAUGGCAUGAAGAUCAAGCUAACCCUAGAUCUAAUGGAAGCCCGCGAUCUCGCAUUGCAAAAGCAGAAUGAAUACACUGAAGCUUACAACAGAAACCAGGAGCGCCUCCGGGCGCAUUAUCCGAUGCUCAACGAUACCUCUGUCGAUGUUCUUGCUGAGAUUGAGCGGCUUCAAAAAGAAUACACUUAUGAACGAUCCGUGGAGCGCGUAGUUAAGGUUUGCGGAGAUCAGCUGAGGAUUGUGUCAGCCGACAGGAGCAAAAUCGUCGUACAAUACCGAAAGAUCCCACUCAAUUACAAAGCUGGCAAAGAGGAAUACACCAACUGGACCUCCUCCUGUGCUUUCACUCCUUCGCGUUCUCCGUCGCCAGAUCUAGGCGCUGAUUACAAUUACCGUACCAACGCUGAUAAUCCAGAUCUAAAGUCUGUGUCCCCUUGCUCAUCAUCUUCCGGCUCGCCCCCUUCCUCGCCCGCUGCCGGCUAUGUCUAUGUCGACACUGCAGCUGUUGCUCUCUCAGAGGAUCAUCGUGCACAGUUGCCUGCGCUUGCUGCUCGUCCUAAGGGUCGUACCCUACUAAGACACCCUGCAUCCGACGAUCGCACUGCUGGCAUUAGCCAAUUCGAGCUCUCUGAUGUUCGCAACGAGGAGCCGUCUCUCGUGCCUGCAUUUCCCACUACGAGCCGUGCUGAUAUCAUCGCCAUCAGUUCUGAACUCGAAGACAAUGGUAUACAAGUGCCUGUUUCGAGCUACUCUGUCAUUGGACCCCGUACUCAGCUCACUGCAUCUGCGUUGGCUCAUUUUGAGAAUCCUACCUCGCCUUCGCGCACCUUCUCAUAUAUUGCUCAUCAUGAUCAACACGAGAUGCACGAAUUCGCUCCCUUGGACAGUGACCGCUAUCAUAUGGGUUCUGUCUCGUCCAGUAUCUCUUCCGAGGCCUACCAUCUCGCCAUCCUCUCCGCCGAGGAUCCCUCACGCGCUUCAUCAGUGAUUGCGCAGGAUGACCUGAGCGACAUGGAUGAUUUUCCCGACUCAGCCAGUGAUUGCUCGGGUUCGGUAUCCUCAUCUCUUGUUUCUGAAAGACGCAUGCUAUCGAUACUCAGUGAGGUGGCUUUCCCAGAUGCUCCUAACUGGGAGCCGGGUUUCCACUCAUCCACGCUCACUUCCGGCCAUGAGCACACCGCUGCACCUGUCUCGACUUCCAUGGAAGAUGAUAUCUCGGAGCCGGGUUCGCGUGCGAGCACCAGCUCACUCAUUGCCAGAGGAUACGAUAUGGUCGGACCGAACGAAGAAGAGUUUCCGGAUAUCGACUUCUCACAGUUGUUUUCGCGCUCUCCAUCUCCUACCUCCGACCAUGACCCGAUCGCCUCGCCUGAUCUGAUUCUCAGUGAUGCUAGCUCUGAGUCAAGUUCGCGCUCUCGCUAUGUCACCCCUGAUGAGAGUCCUAGAGUUGCCCCUGGUUUGGCUAUUUCAGAUGGUGACCGCUCGGGAUCGGGUUCGCACUCCUCGUUGAUUGCCGGCCAUUUCCAAUACGAUGCUCCUGAGUUUCGUGCUCGGCUUAUCGCAGCCCUUGAAGCAUCACAAGUUGACGGUUCGGAGCCAGGUUGGAGCCCCCUCUCAUCGAUUGCCGGCCAUACGCAGCCAGCUUCACCUGAUGCUCAGUCCGUGGCAGCCGAUGAAGACAUGUCAGAUGGUGGCAACUCGGACUCAGAUACGCUCUCCUCCGCAUCGAUUGCCCGUUACGCGGAAUACAACAUCCCUGCAACUCCUGCUCAGCUCAUCGCAGCCGUUGAACCUCUGUCAGACAAUGACAGCUCCGAGUCGGGAUCACUCUACUCGCCGGCCGCUCCUGCUUCUGGUCAAUUUCACCUCGUGAUGCAUGGACCGUGUAUGGGAUGUGGUCACGUCAGCUCUAACGCCUGGCUCUCCGGUCCUUCCCCAGAGCGAGACACGUGCGAGAGAUGUGGCUUGAGCCGUGUCGUUAGCCAGCCCAACGAAACCUCAUCUUCUGAUGAAGUUGUCUUCGUGGGCCUAGAUACCCCCAUGGACUAA